GUACGUCAAGAAAUUUCUUCAGGAUGGCUGGCUUAUAAAUCUAGCACAUGUAUUAGGAAUCAUUCAUUAUUCCUCGCCUCAUCUACAAAUACCCAGCAGAUAGCCACGUUCGGGAUCAGCACUGAGGUGAUUGUACAUAUCUCAACUGAGUGGCGCUAUGUAUGGUGCAAAGCUCCUCCAGGCCUUGUGCCUUCUCCCCCUUGUUUUAGGUCUCCCUCUCAACGACCGAGUCGACCAAGUCCUCAGAUCUUAUGGUCCGACUUCCGAUCUGGAAGCUCGUAGUCGCAAGCCUGGUCAUUACGAAACCUACGAGACCCAAUUCCCCGGCGUAACCUGGGACCAACGAAACUGGCGUCUUCAAAGCACCGUUCUGGACCAAGGCCACUACGAAUCCCGCGGCUCCAUUGCGAACGGAUACAUUGGUCUGAACGUUGCUGGCGCCGGUCCAUUCUUUGAGUUGGAUAUCCCUGUGAAUGGCGAUGUGAUUAAUGGUUGGCCUCUGUUUUCGCGCCGACAGACGUUUGCCGGGUUAACGGGGUUUUAUGAUUUGCAGCCUACCACUAAUGGGACGAAUUUCCCAUGGUUGGAGCAGUACGGUGGUGAUAGUGCUAUUAGCGGUGUGCCGCAUUGGGGUGGGUUGGUUCUGGACCUCGGGAAUGGAGAGUAUCUCGAUGCUACGGUUGAUAAUUCCACGAUUUCGGAUUAUACCACUACGUAUGAUUACAAAGCGGGUGCCUUGUCGUGGGAUUACAAAUGGACUCCCAAAAACUCCAACGGAUCGUUUGAUAUUAGUUAUAAGAUCUUUGCCAAUAAGCUGGAUGUUAAUCAGGCUGUUGUGCAAUUGAGUAUUACUCCAUCGGCCAAUGGUUCCGCAUCCGUGGUGAAUGUCAUUGAUGGAUACUCCGCUGUGCGAACGGAUUUCGUCUCUUCGGGAAAUGAGAGUGACCUUGUCUAUACUGCUGUCAAGCCUAUCGGCGUUAGCAAUGUGACUGCUUGGAUAUACACUGCUCUGGACGGAGACGAUGCUUUUGAUUUUUCGUCAGCAACUCUUGUCAACGACAAGCCCUACGUGCACCAGAACGACUCUUCGAUUGCGCAGUCUGUCAAUGUCAAUUUCACUGCCGGUAGUACUGUUACCAUCAACAAAUUCGUCGGCGCAGCUUCUACGGAUGCAUUCCCUGACACUCAAAGCACCGCCAGAGAAGCUGCCUUGGCUGCUCGUCGCAGAGGCUUUGACGAUCUCUUCCGUUCACACGUUUCCGAGUGGGCCCAGGUCAUGCCUGAUGACUCUGUCGAUGACUUUACCCUUGCAAACGGCACUUUACCCGACGACAGGUUCAUUAUCGAAUCUGCAAUCAUGGCCGUCGUCAAUCCUUACUAUUUGCUGCAAAACACGGUUGGCAAAAAUGCCCUUCGGCGAGUAAACAAUGCCCCCGUCAACGACUGGAGUAUCCCCGUGGGUGGUCUGACUUCUGAUUCUUAUGCUGGUAUGAUCUUCUGGGAUGCCGAUGUCUGGAUGCAACCUGGCCUGGUGGCCGCGUUCCCAGAAUCUGCCAAACGCAUCACCAAUUAUCGAGCAGCAAAGUAUUCGCAGGCUCUCGCCAAUGCUAAGACGGCCUAUACAAGUUCUCAAAAUCAGACCUCGUUCUCGUCUGAUGCUGCAAUCUACUCGUGGACAAGUGGACGGUACGGUAACUGUACUGCCACAGGUCCAUGCUGGGAUUAUGAGUAUCAUCUGAACGGCGACAUUGGCAUUUCUCUGGUUAACCAAUGGGUUGUCAGUGGUGAUACCGAAACCUUCCAAAACGUCCAUUUCCCCAUAUACAACUCCAUUGCGUCCUUGUAUGGGGAUCUGUUGAAGAAAAAUGGAAGUUAUUAUACGCUUACCAACAUGACUGACCCUGACGAAUACGCCAACAAUGUCGACGCCGGUGGAUAUACAAUGACUCUCAUUUCACAGACGUUGGCCAAUGCAAACGCGUUCCGGAAACAAUUCGGUUUAGAUGAGAACACGACCUGGACAGAUAUGGCAGAGAAUGUGCUUGUGAUUCGAGAGAAUGACGUGACGCUCGAAUAUACGACUAUGAACAACAGCGUCGCUGUCAAGCAGGCCGAUGUGAUUCUGUCAACGUUUCCGUUGGAUUAUACUAAGAACUACACUACCAGCGAUGCUCUCAAAGAUCUUGACUAUUAUGCAUUGAAGCAAUCCCCUGACGGCCCCGGCAUGACCUACGCCAUCUUCUCCAUCGUCGCCAACAAAGUCUCCCCCUCCGGCUGCUCAGCCUACACUUACGCCCAAUACUCCUACGACCCUUAUCUCCGCGGACCAUUCUUCCAACUCUCCGAACAACUACUAGACGAUUAUGCCACUAACGGAGGCACGCACCCCGCCUAUCCAUUCCUCACUGGCCACGGCGGCGCAAACCAAGUUGUUUUGUACGGCUACUUGGGCCUUCGACUCCUACCAGACGACGUUCUUCACAUCGAUCCGAACCUACCUCCUCAAAUCCCCGGCGUUAAAUAUCGUACUUUCUACUGGCGCGGAUGGCCGAUUCAAGCUGCCUCGAACUACACACAUACCACGAUCCGGCGUGCCACUGAAGUUGCCCCAUUAUCGACAGCGGAUAAGGUCUUCACAAAUAAGAGUAUCUUUGUGGAAGUGGGACAGGACACCAUCAACUCCACAACAUACUCUUUACCUGCAAACGGCUCAAGCAUAGUCGUCCCCAACCGCCAAAUCGGAACCAUCAACACCGUCGCAGGAAAUAUCGCUCAAUGCGUCUCGGUAAAGUCAACAGGUACCUAUCAACCAGGCCAAUACCCGAUUUCUGCCGUCGACGGCGCAGCAUCUACGAAGUGGCAACCAAAAUUUGCAGCGAAUAUAAGUUCUGUAACUGUUGAUUUAACGGGCAGCAAUGCCAGUUUUGUCUCUGGGUUCUAUUUUGAUUGGGCUCAGGCGCCGCCUACCAACAUCACGGUCAUGUUCCAUAAUUCUUCCUCUGAGGCCACAACUUCUUCGCGCGGUGGAUCAGGAGGUUCGAUGGUCUCCCUGAAUAUCACAAUCUCUAAACCGUACAACGCCUCCUCCGCCGCCAACGAUGCGAAUAUCAUCUCCUUGCCGACUAGUAAUACAACAAACUACACGUUUCUGGCACCGGUACCAGUGCCGAGAUUCGCGACGUUGUUUGUGCAGGGGAAUCAGGCGUUGGAUGAGACGGAUAGGAGGUUUGGGAAUGGGACUGGGGCUACAAUUGCGGAGUGGGCUAUUUUGAGUUGAUUUGUUUAGUAGUAAAGUAGAUGAUGGAUGAGUGUGUGUAUAUCUGUAUAUUUAGAUUUGUAGAUAGUUUUCUAUGACGUAGUGCUGAUAAUUGAUAAUUGAUUGAUUUG